AUGGUGGGCUGCUCUAACAGCUCCGAAGUCACCCUGCUCAACUCCCAUCAGCCACCUGGAGACAUGGAGCCGCCCAGCCUCACCGUGCUAGACUCCCGCACUGUCUACAUACAGUAAGUACACACACACACACACACACACACACACACACACACACACACACACACACACACACACACACACCUCUACAUAUGAGGGCACUGACUAUAUUACUUUAAAAUAAUAAAAUAAUACAUCUGGAGAAAGAAAAAAAAUAAAAUGUCUUGAGUGUCCAGGAUUCUCAGAAUAUACAUGUAUUUAGUUUGUAUAUUUAGGAAUAGGUGUGUUUCUUCUCCAUUAAAACAACUAAGGUACAACAUGGGCCAUGUACAGCUGGACCAGGGUAUAGUGUGUGUGUGUGUGUGUGUGUGUGUGUGUGUGUGUGUGUGUGUGUGUGUGUGUGUGUGUGUGUGUGUGUGUGUGUGUGUGUGUGUGUGUGCGUGUGUGUGUGUGUGUGUGUGUGUGUAUACGGGUCUGAGCAGGGUAAUAUAGGCAUAAACAACUCCCCAUGUCAUUGAAUAUGACAUCUUUAAAAAGACUGUGGGCUUAUAGGUAGAUGGAUGGGUUUAGACUGCAUGGCAUUGACUGUCCUCCAACAAUAGGUAGGGGGGGGAGAGAGAGAGAGAGAGAGAGAGAGAGAGAGAGAGAGAGAGAGAGAGAGAGAGAGAGAGAGAGAGAGAGGAGAGAGAGAGAGAGAGAGAGAGAGAGGAAAUGGAAAGAUUGAGAGAUGGGGGAGGUAGAAGGGGAAAGAAAAAAGAGGGGAGAGAGAGGGUAUGGAGAAAGGGAUGACAGUGACAGGAGAGAGGUGAGGACUAUGGAGAAUGGGAUGACAGUGACAGGAGAGAGAUGUGGACUAUGGAGAAAGGGAUGACAGUGACAGGAGAGAGAUGUGGACUAUGGAGAAAGGGAUGACAGUGACAGGAGAGAGAUGUGGACUAUGGAGAAAGGGAUGACAGUGACAGGAGAGAGAUGUGGACUAUGGAGAAAGGGAUGACAGUGGCAGGAGAGAGAUGUGGACUAUGGAGAAAGGGAUGACAGUGGCAGGAGAGAGAUGUGGACUAUGGAGAAAGGGAUGACAGCGACAGGAGAGAGAUGUGGACUAUGGAGAAAGGGAUGACAGUGACAGGAGAGAGAUGUGGACUAUGGAGAAAGGGAUGACAGUGACAGGAGAGAGAUGUGGACUAUGGAGAAAGGGAUGACAGUGACAGGAGAGAGAUGUGGACUAUGGAGAAAGGGAUGACAGUGACAGGAGAGAGAGGGUAUGAACAAUACAAAUAAGAGAAUAGGGAGAGAUGCUGAGAGAAUGAAAGAGGUAGAGCGUGUGUUUGUGCGGGAGUGUGUGUGUCUGUGUGUGUGUGCGCGCGUCUGUCGGGGUGGGGGGAGUCGGCUGACUGAAUGAAAAGGCAGACGGUGACCUUCUGCAGUCCUGUUUAGCAUGCGGAAUAUUCUCCUGCACUUGACCUCUCACCUAUACAGAGAGUGAGAGGGGAACCGUAUAUGUAUCCGUCUCUAUAACUUAGUGUGUGUGCAUGUGUGUGUGUGUGUGUGUAUGUACGUAUGCCCUGGCCCUUUCUCUCUCAAUCUGUGUGAAAGCCAUUAGAGCCCCUGACCACCAUCACUUAAGACCCACCGCAGGAGGGCACCGUGCCACACACACACACACACACAGGAGAGAGGAAGGAGAGGGUGAAUGAAUAAGUCAGAAUAAAGAAGAGUGUAUGCAGACAGUGUGUUAGAGGGAGAGUGAGGCCAGCAGGUUAGGUUGAGAUGCACUGAUCUCUCUCUCAGGGAAAUGUCAGCACUUUACUGAUGAUCACACAAGGUAAAAGGACAAGGAGAAUACAUAGAAGAGAUAGAAGUACAGUUAGGAAAAAAGGUUCCAAAAGGGUUAUUUGGCUGUCCCCAUAGGAGAACCCUUUUUGAUUCCAUGUAGAACCCUUUUUGGUUCCAGGUAGAACUAUUUUGGGUUCUAACUGGAAGGGUUCUCCUAUGGGGACAGCCGAAUAACCCUUUUUUUAUAGUGUACUUCUAUCUCCUCCAUGUAUUCUCCUCAACUAACUCUCACAGUCUCACGUCAGAAUUAGACAUUCAUCCAUGUUUCUCAAAUUUCAAAGUUGUUGAAAACAUCACAUUCCGAGGUGUUUAAGGUUAAGUUUAGGCAUUAACUCCGAAAUCUUAAGGUUAGGGAUUAAUUUAAGGUAAGGGUUAAGGUUUGGGAUAGGCUUAAAACAAAAAUCUCAAAAACAACUUUCUAUCACUGGAUUUGAACUUGCAAACUUUGGAAUCAGAGACAGAUGCAACUUUCUAUCACUGGAUUGGGUGGGUCUAAUCCUGAAUGCUGAUUGGUUAAAACCGCAUUCCAGCCGGUGUCUAUUCCACAAGUUACCACCGCUUAAAUCUAUGAUGUUAAAAUACCUAUUUACUCUGUUCCAUCUGACUGCGCAAUCCACUGUCUCAUCAGCCCAGCCAGGUAAUUUAUAAACUUGAUCUCCACUAUAAAAAGCAUCUAGAUAUUAUCUCACGUUUCCUUUAGACUAACAUUUCGUUUUCAACAGCGGAGAUUUGUAUAAACCUUGCUGUCUGUCUCUCCGACAUUUGCAACAUUGUUUCAAUAUUCAAAUUGGAUCUCCAGCUGUCCAAUGGUAAUGAACGUAUCGGGAGUCGGGAUGAGAAAGACAGGUAGGCAGUUUUUCUCAGCCUGUCGAAAUCAUGAAUCAGCAUCAUUUUUAUGGAUAAAUACAAAGAACAAUAAUAGAAAACAGUUCAAAUUAAACAAAGUGCAGCUAGUUUGCAGUCUUUCCAUCUUCAGUUUGAAGUGAUUGUGUUAGCUGUGUUGUUGGCUAGCUCUUGAACAACAGUGUCCUGAUGAGAGAGCACAUUUUCUAUGCCAGGUAAAAUUGCGCAACAUUAGUUCAUUGUAAUGGAUGUAUCCAAAUAAAUGUCACUAGAAAACAGCUUUAACAAAUGCAAAUGAAGCAACUUUGUUGUUAUUCUGGCUGCACUGUUUGACGUGACUUUAAGUUAGCCGUAGUUGGCUAGCUAGCAAGCAAGGGAUAAGAAUGUUGCCAGCCAGUAUGGCAAUGGAACAUUUAGAAUGAACGACAGGGUCGCGUCUCUGGCAACCGAACUGAUAGAACAAACGACCAGCCGGCUUCGGAAGCAACCCUAGAUGUGUGUCAGGAUUAUAUCUUGUGGAAGGAUGAAAUAGUAUGAAUAAAUUCAUCAAAAUAACUUUUUUAAUGAAAAUAUGUCAAUCAUUAUUUGAAUAUGUUGGUAAUCUGUUGUAUAAAAGUGAUAUAUCUGUGUGUGUGUGGCUGUGUAUGUGUGUGGGUGCGCUCGUGUGUGUGUUCUUGUGUGGGUGUGUGUACACUAUGGAAGAAAUAGGUAAAAGGACAAGGAGAAUCAGCCAGGUCACCUGUGAUACUUAAGUGAUAAUGGCCGAGAAGCCGGUGUUUGGAGGAUAUAUUGGCACAGUUUUCCGGCCCUAACAACAACCGUGCCAAUAUAUCCUCCAAACACCGGCUUCUCGGCCAUUAUCACUUAAGUAUCACAGGUGACCUGGCUGAUUCUCCUUGUCCUUUUACCUAUUUCUUCCAUAGUGUACACACACCCACACAAGAACACACACACGAGCGCACCCACACACAUACACAGCCACACACACACAGACACACACAUACAGAUGUACACAGAAGCGAGAGAGAAAUCAGAAACUGGUGAGAGAAAGAGAGAAAGAAACAGAAAGAAAGGAAGAGAUAGACGUAUUGAGAGAGACAGAGAACAAGAGAGAAAUAAAAUAGAGAAUCGAGAGUGAUUAGAGAGAGAAGAAAAACAGGAGCUUUGCUGUAAUUUGACAUUACAGAUGAUAUCUCUCUCCGUCUCUCUCCUUUGAGGCUGUAAUUGUGGCCUGUGAGCUGAGAGGUAUUGCCCUGUUAGCAGAAUCCUAAUAGGCGUGGUGGAGGGAUCAUAUGUGUUCAAUACUCUUUUGUUGUGUUGCAUCCUGCCUGUGAGAAAGGUUGAGAGGCCUGCCUGCCUGCUGUAUAUGCACAAAACAAUAUCAGCAGAAACACUCAAUCUCCUCUCCCCCCACUCUGCCCUCGCUUGGCCAACACACACAUACACACGCACAGGCAGGCAUGCACACACACACUUUCCUGUCCAACACACGCUGAGAGUACACACACUUACACACAUCAGAUUUGGGCUACAGAGACAGAUUUUUUUUCCCAUGGCUUAAUGUCACUUUGUUACUCUUUAAAAUUAUUAUACAGUUUUCAUUUGACAUUUAUAUUACCCUACAGAUGUAGGAUCUUAAUUUGAGCCAGUUUGCUACAGCAGGGAAAUAAUACUGCAACAACAGGAAUGUGAAUUAUAUUAUGUGGAUUAUAAUUUAUGGACAUUUUCCGUCUCAAAUUUCUAAGUGAAAAUUAAAAACUUAAGAAGCUUCUUUAAAACUCAUAUUACAUUUCCUGCAUUGCAUGAAGGUUCUCCUGCAACAGGGUGAUAAUUAUGAUCCUGUAUGAUUUGAUGUCUUCUGUGUAUUUUUUGUGAGUAUUAUUAUUAUUAUUAUUUUAUGAAAUCCAGCAAAUAAUUAUGAAAUCAUUGUAUAAAAACUCCCCUCUGGUUUCACUACCCAAAACUAUAUAAUUAAUUACUACCACUAUCGACACAGUAUAUAUCAGCUGAUGAAUGUGAUAGAUUAGUUAGUCAGGCUAAUUGUACAGUAACACAGUCAUCCGUCAUACACAACACACCAUACAUGCAUCACUUUUAAAAAUGGCCCACACUGAAGGUGUAACUGGUGGUCCUAAGGGGCGUGGCAUCUGGAGUCGUAGGCCAAUUAGAAUUGUAAAUGGUCUUAAGGGAGUGGCUUUCUCUGGGGGUUUGGGCCAAUUAGAACAAGAACAUAUACACUGUGUGUACAAAACAUUAGGAACACCUUCCUAAUAUUGCGUUGCACCCCCUUUUGCCUUCAGAACAGCCUCAAUUCGUUGGGGCAUGGACUCUACAACGUGUCGAAAGCGUUCCACAGGGAUGCUGGCCCAUGUUAACUCCAAUGCUUCCCACAGUUGUGUCAAGUUGGCUGGAUAUCCUUUGUGUGGUGGAUCAUUCUUAAUACACAUGGGAAUCUGUUUACCCAGCAGCAGUUCUUGACACACUCAAACCGGUGCACCUGGCACCUACUACCAUACCCCGUUCAAAGGCACUUAAAUAUUUUGUAUUGUCCAUUCACCCUCUGAAUGGCACACAUACACAAUUCAUGUCUCAAUUGUCUCAAAGCUUAAAAAUCCUUCUUUAACCUGUCUCCUCCCCUUCAUCUACACUGAUUGAAGUGGAUUUAACAGGUGACAUCAAUAAGGGAUCAUAGCUUUCACCUGGAUUCACCUGGUCAGUCUAUGUCAUGGAAAGAGCAGAUGUUCCUAAUGUUUUGUACACUGUGUAAAUGUCUGUAAUGAUUGGGAAAUGGAUGCUUGUUAAUAACAAAGACAUUCGUAAAAAGUGUAAAAAAUAUGUGUGUUCGGUUUGAUACUUGUAUUGUGAAUGGUGCUGUGGUGUUGAGCGGUGUAAUGUGGAUUUAGAUUUUUUUAUCAAAAGGGUGUAAAAACUUGUGGUUUUAAGUGAGAAUGUCUCAAAGAGCAUCAAAAGUCAAGUUUCUCUUCUACGUUUCUCUCCAUCUCUCCCUUUCUCUAUAUACUGUAUAUCUCUCUCUCUCUCUCUUCUCUCUCUUCUCUCUCUCUCUCUCUCUCUCUCUCUCUCUCUCUCUCUCUCUCUCUCUCUCUCUCUCUCUCUCUCUCUCUUCUUCAUCUCUCUGUCUCUCUCACUCGCUCUCUCUCCUGUAUCCCUCAUCAGAUAGCUGUGUCCUCUGUUCUAUAUUUAGUCCACGGAAAGUCAAUCCCAGCAGUGUUUGUGUGUGUGUGUGUGUGUGUGUAUGUGUGUGUGUCUGUUCUGUUUCCGUCUGCUCCUGUCCGGGUGGAGGGCCCCUCGUCUGGCCUGAAACAGACUUUCUGAACAGCCAGGAGGUCUCUGCCACACGCACGCACACACAGUGUGGCCGCAUAGUAGUUGGGGAAAUGGACCAGUAUAAAUGAGGUCUGGGGUUCAAACGUUCUACUGUUCUGCCCUUGAGCUACUCAGGCCUGUGUCAAAGUCCUGCUAUAUGAAGAAAAUACAUACACUGAUGCUUUCUCCCUCCCCCCUCUCUUUUUCUCCCCCCCUAUUUUCCUUCUCUCUCUCUUUCCCUCACUCUUUCCCUCCCUCUCUCUCUCUCUGCUUCCCUCUCUCCUUCCCACACUCCCUUGUUCUCUCUCUUCUUCCAGGUGGUCUCGUCCUGGGCAGGUGAAUGAGGUGUUAGAGUUCAACUGUGUGUACCUGUCAGUAGAAGGGGAGGAGCCAGUGUGUGUUUAUAACAGCUCUGAACUGUUUGAAGGCCACACCCUCCGUAACCUGACACCAGGAACCACCUACAGCUUAAUUGUUGCUGUGGGGACACACCAUAGAGAUAGUUAGAGGACGCAACAUUAUAUCUGUCCCAUUAUUGAGGUCAUCUCUAUUUUGAAGUACUUCUUCUAUGAGUUGGUAAACAAACUGAAAGGUUGCGUACUGCCACCUGGAGUGUGUUUUCUGAACAGGUAUAAAGCCAAGGUGGCGAUUUACUGCCACCUGCAGUUAUGGAAUGUUUGCUCAUGAGAACAAUUCAUUGGCUGAUCCCUCCUGAUGACCUGGAUGGAAUUAUGUGAUCCUUUGUUAACCCAUAGGAAGUCCCACCAAGUUGACUACUUAAAAAUUGUGAAAGUCCUUAAUGGUGCUGCCCAUGCUAAAUUUCACUUUUAGGCACUAGAGUCCUCUAUCUUUCUCCGUGGUACACACACAUUAUUUCAUACAAAUCAAAUUUGAUUUGAUUUGAUAUUAUCCCCUGCGUAUUUAUUUGGACAGUGAAGCUAAAACUUUUAAUUGUCUCCAUACUCCAGCAUAUUGGAUUUGAGAUCAACUGUUUUAUAUGACGCGACAGUACAGAAUGUCACCUUUUAUUUGAGGGUAUUUUCAUACAUAUCUAUUUUACCGUUUAGAAAUGAAGCGCUUCAUGUAUCUAGUCCCCUAUUUUGAAGGUGUCAUAAAGAUGUGGACAAAUUCACUUAUAGUGUAUUACAUUUAGUCAAAAGUUAAGUAUUUGGUCCCAUAUUUCUAGCACACAAUGACUACAUCAAGCUUGUGACUCUACAAACUGGAUUCAUUUGCAGUUUGUUUUGGUUGUGUUUCAGAUUAUGUUGUGCCCAAUAGAAAUUAAUGGUAAAUAAUGUAUUGUGUCAUUUUGGAGUCACUUUUAUUGUAAAUAAGUAUAGAAUGUGUUUCUGAACACUUUUACAUUAAUGUGGAUGUACCAUUGUUACGGAUAAUCAUGAAUGAAUCGUGAAUAAAGAUGAGUGAGAAGGUUACAGAGGCAUAAAUAUCAUACCCCCCCCCAAAAUGCUAACCUUCCCUGUUAUUGGUGAUGCUGAGAGGUUAUCAUGUUUCCAGCAAGACAAUAACCUCAAGCACAUGUCAAAAUCCACAAAGAAAUGGUUAAACAUUUGAGAAAAAAGACUCAGUGCCGUUAUCCUCGCAAACUGAGGUAAUGAAAGUUAUUGAAAACAGGGGUACCAAUAAUUUUAACCCCUAUCUUUUUCAUAUAUCUUUUUAACAAAAUCUCCUUAUCUGAGCAAUUGUAUUAGUAUAAAAGAGCAUAAUCAAAAACAAAAAAAAUGUGAGCAUACAAUAUACUGUAGCUCAGUACUAGUAUUAUUUAUUUCAUAUAGUCUUUUUUGCUCAUCUUUAUCAAGAGUGCCAAUAAUUAUGGACCUGACUGUGUAUGUGUGUGUUUCCUAUGUAUUUAGGCAUGUACAGGUGGAGGCUGUUCCAUCAGUCCCCCUAGCGAGGCUUACAGAGGAGAGUACUCCGGAGAACAUUCCUGCCCCCUCCGUCACCCCUCUCUGCCCCACGCCCUCAACAUCACCUGGACACCCCCAGGCACACCCAACGGUAAGGGGGUGGAGAGGGGUUGUGAGGUCAAAGGGGGGAAGAGGGGG